AUGAUGGAAGAAGAGUUGCAGGAGGCCGACAUCUUGUGGCCGGAACAUGAGCAGAAGGAGGAAGCCAUGACCGAGACGUGUUGCUCGGCGGAUGGAGAUCGAGGGAAGGCAUCCGACCCCAUUAAGAUCCCUUCGAAGUCUGCGUACGCACGCCGUCGUCGCACCUCCAACAACUAUGACAGCGGUGAUGGGGAGGACGACGACGACGACGGCGGUAGGAUCCCACCGCAUGUCAUCAUCGCUAGGCGGGCGGCGGAUAGGAUGGAGUUCUCGGUGCGCGUCGGCAAAGGCAGGACCCUCAAAGGAAGGGACCUGAGUCGGGUCAGGAACUCCAUUUUGCAGAUGACCGGAUUCCUGGAGAGGAGAUGA